GGCUGCACUGAAAGAGUAUAUCCUCUUCUUAAAGGCCUUGAAGCCUAGAGAGAUAGAAAACAAAUAACAAAAAAAAAAGAGUUUUUUUGGGAGAAAUCAAAAGAAAAUGGAUAUAUCGGAUUUAUAUUUCAGCGACGCGGGAGACUCAAGUUGGACAAUGUACUUAGACCAUUCUCCUUCUGUUUCACUGCAUCGUCUAGAUGAUAACAAUGGAGAAACAAGACAGGAACAUGAUGAAGAUUCUUCAAUGGUGUCGGAUGCAUCUUCUGGGCCUCCAUAUUACCGCGAGGAGACCAUUCCUGAAGAUCCCAUCCAACAAAACACGCUAUAUUGGUGCAAAAACAAGAGCAAGAAGAAGGUUCAUAAAGAACAAAGAUGUAGUGAGAGAAGCAACUCUUCACUUGAUGACACAGCUAGUUCAUUGCCGGUUGAAGAAGAAGUUUCAGCGUAUAAGCAACAUCUAGAUGGGUAUCAACGGCUUGAUGAUUUCUCUCGAAGCUACUCCACAAGAAGAAUAUUCAAGGGAAACUUUAACUCGGGUUUCCUACAACAAGAUUUCACAGUUGAGAAAGUAGCAUUGGAUAAUCAAGGUGCCAGUAAUCAGAAGAAGAGGAGAGCAAUAAAGAAUGAACUUUGAAUAUGUAUUAUUUGUUUCCAUUUUAUUAUUUUACAUCUGCGUUCAUUUCUCGAAAGUUGAAAAUUAAGAAGAAAAAAAAAACAGAAGGAACACCUUCUCAUCCUUUAAUGUGUUUUGCUAUCAUGUACAUUGUCUUUAAGAGAACCAUGUGGUUUUUCUUUUUUCAAUUAAUAUAUGAUAAAUCUUAUGUAAUAAAUAUUAUUGAAUUGUAGUUGAUUUCGACGUGUA